CCGCGCCGGCCGCCUGCCCGCACCGACGCUCCCGUGCCCGCCCGCCCGCCCGCCGCGCACAGGUAACGGGGCCGCCGCCCAGAACCGGCUCCUCUGGCUCGCGGCAGUUGGGAGCACUGAGCGGAGCGGCCGGGGGACAUCGCCCUGCUCCCCCCGGCGCGGCUCAGCGGGGAGGGAACAGGUCGCGGGGGCCGCUGCGCGGUGCGACGAGGGCCUUUCUCCGCCGGGGAAAAAGAGGGAAUCGCCGGCGGAGGGGGCGACAGAAUUAUCAACAUGGAUAAAAAUGAGCUGGUGCAGAAGGCCAAACUGGCUGAGCAGGCUGAAAGAUAUGAUGACAUGGCAAGUUGCAUGAAAUCUGUGACUGAGCAAGGAGCUGAGUUGUCCAAUGAAGAGAGGAAUCUUCUCUCUGUUGCCUAUAAAAAUGUUGUAGGAGCCCGUAGGUCAUCCUGGAGAGUCGUCUCAAGUAUUGAACAAAAGACGGAAGGCGCUGAGAAAAAACAGCAGAUGGCUCGAGAAUACAGAGAGAAAAUUGAGACCGAGCUAAGAGACAUCUGCAAUGAUGUGCUGUCUCUGUUGGAAAAGUUCUUGAUCCCCAAUGCUUCUCAAGCAGAAAGCAAAGUUUUCUAUUUGAAAAUGAAAGGAGACUACUACCGUUACUUGGCUGAGGUUGCUGCCGGAGAUGACAAGAAAGGGAUAGUGGAGCAAUCACAACAGGCAUAUCAAGAAGCUUUUGAAAUCAGUAAAAAGGAGAUGCAACCAACACAUCCCAUCAGAUUAGGUCUGGCUCUGAACUUCUCUGUGUUCUAUUAUGAGAUUCUCAAUUCCCCGGAGAAGGCCUGUUCCCUUGCAAAGACGGCUUUUGAUGAAGCAAUUGCUGAACUUGAUACAUUAAGUGAAGAGUCAUACAAAGACAGCACGCUAAUAAUGCAGUUACUGAGAGACAAUUUGACAUUGUGGACAUCCGAUACCCAGGGAGACGAAGCCGAAGCAGGAGAAGGAGGGGAGAAUUAACCAGCCUUCCAAUUUCCAUCUGCCUCAUUCUGAAAUUUAAACAGUAGACCAUUUGUCAUCCAUGCUGUCCCACAAAUAGUUUUUGUUUACGAUUUGACAGGUUUAUGUUACUUCUAUUUGGAUUUCUAUAUUUCCCAUGUGGUUUUGUUUAAUAUUAGGGGAAUAGAGCCAGUUAACAUUUGGGGAAUUUAUCUGUUUUCAUCUGAGGUGGCCAAUAUAGGGUUGUGAAAUUUUUAUACAAGUUUUACAUGUUUGGCAUAGUACUUUUGGUACAUUGUGGCUUCCCACAAGGCCAGUGUUAAAACAGCUUUCUAUGUCAGGCAAAGAUGACUGCUUGCAUAUUGGUCUGUCAUGAUGGAAAAAAGGGAUAAUCAAUGUUGCAGCCACAGGUGUAGUUAGUCUGAAUAUCCAAGCUGGAGCACACAUGGCUGUGAAGAAACUGAUGUCCCAUAGAUAUUGCAUGUCAGGGGAACAUGUGACAUCUGUGGAGUAUUCCAAUCAAGUGUACAUCUUUGAUUGCAGCUGAAGUGUUCCUUAAGGCAGUUUGAUAACCCAGUCAGCUUUCUCUAGAGAAGGACAGAGAAACGGUUCACAUUCCAUUAUUUGUAAAGUUACCUGCUGUUGCUUUCAUUAUUUUUGCUACACAUUUUAUUUGUAUUUAAAUGGUUUAAGCAACCUAAGAACAAAUGUACAAGUAAAGAUGCAGUAAAAAAUGAAUUGCUUGAUAUUCAUAAUGACACUGUAUAUCGAGCACAGCAGUAAAACAAAAACCCAUGUAUUUAACUUUUUUAGGUUUUUUGCUUUUGUGAUUUUUUUUUUUGAUACUUGCCUAACAUGCAUGUGCUGUAAAAAUAGUUAACAGGGAAAUAACUUGAGAUGAUGGCUAGCUUUGUUUAAUGUCUUAUGAAAUUUUCAUGAACAAUCCAAGCAUAACUGUUCAGAACAUGUGUAUUAAGUUGAUGUAAGUGGAAUAAAAGUUUUAUGAAUGGA